CUUCCGAUGAUUUGGAACGUGACAGCAGAGAACGUGUAAACAAACACUUUGUGGUGCAUUCUAAAGACAACCUUUUUCACUCAAUGUCAUAAAGUCAGCAAUGUGUAGUAUAGUUGCUUAAAUUUUAUAUUCUGUAGUGUCACAGCGAUGAAUAAACUAACAGAUGUUAAGAUAAACAGGCUCUUCAUCAGCUAUGGAUGAAGAGCUAAAUCAAGCUUUUUAUGCACCAAAGAAGCUUUUCAAGAAAAGGGUAAGAGAGGAAUCAGGAUCUGAGGAUUGGGCACAAUAUUUUAAUAGCGAUAGUUUCUUAGAUUCACCGUCUUCCAUUGACAUCAAUUUUCAUGAUUCAAGGUCUUUCUUGCCUUUGAAUAACGGAGGAUUUGUAGAGGACAGUUCAAAUAGUUUUACCACAAAAUUAUUGAAUGGCACUACUGAUAAUGAAACUACUAAAUUUUACACAACCCUUAAACAACCAAAUGGUCUGACUUUUUCUGAUGACAGUAGAUCCAUUGGUUGGAGUAGUUUUGAAAGUUUACAGGAAAAGAGAACUCUAAAAUUGAAUCAUAUUCAUCAGUUGAAUAGAACUUCAGUUGAUACAUCUUUUAUAAAGUCUGAACCUGAUGAUCUCUUUGAUUAUUGUGGACAAAGUAGUAUCACAGUAAACAAUUGCCACAAUAUUCUAGUAAAUGGUUACAGUGAUGGAAAUGUUCCUUUAGAUAGCUUCAAGGAUUAUAGAUCCUCUUUUCCAAAAGAAAAAAUCACUCGAUACGAAAGAAGUGAUGAAGCAAUAAAUUUGACCGUGAAUCAGAAACAGAAAACCUCAGAAACAACAUAUGCAGAUAUCCUUAAAGAAAAACUGUUCAAGGAAGGUUCUCAUUUUAUUGAAAAAUUUUCUCUUCAGUCUCUUAAAGAACAUCUUCAUGAAGAUAAUCAAGAACAGAAAAAUCUUAUUCCCAUUAGCUGUAUACAUAGUACAAAGAAUAGUGCAAGGAAUAUAAACUUAUUAGAAUUGAAAUUGGAGGUAAUGGACAACCCUGCAGUCAGUAGACCUGGUUUAGUCAAGGAUAUAUCCCUUCACCAUUUAUCACCUGGGAACCAGUAUGACAAUCAAGUCUCAUCAACAAAUUUUGAUUUGGAGACAAUGUCUAAUUCCCAGAUGACUUCAACACAAACAAUAAAUGAUGAUGAUUUGGAUGAUUUGAUAGAGUCUGAGAUUUUAAAGACAUCAUUUCCUUUAGAAAAUGUUGGUGUAGACAAAGUUUCUUCUAGUGAUUCUAAAAUGAACCAAGAAAAUAGUGAUGUAACACCACAAAAGAAGCAAGGUAAAAAGUGGAUGAAAGGUGAUAUGAUUUGCCAGGUUUGUGGUGAUAAAGCAGCUGGAUUUUACUGUGGAGCCUUUGCUUGUGAGGCUUGUAAGAAAUUCUUCAUGAGAUCUUGCAGGAAUGACAAGACAAAAUAUGUUUGUUUACGUGAUAAGAAAUGUCAGAUGACAGCUGAAAGUCGUGUCCAGUGUCAGUACUGUCGUCUACAGAAAUGUUUGUCUCUAAACAUGUAUAGUCCAGGAAGUGAUGUUAAAAAAGAAAAUGUAGGAGAUAUUCCUUGUCGUGUUUGUAGUGCUCCAUCAUCAGGAUUCCAUUUUGGAGCUCUAACCUGUGAGGGGUGUAAGGGAUUCUUUAGAAGAAUGGCAAAGGAGAGGGAGCUUGGUAAAUACAGAUGUUCAAAAACAGGGUCAUGUGAAAUUAAUACCUCCACCAGAAAUCUGUGUAAAAGUUGUAGAUAUAAGAAAUGUGUUGAUGCUGGCAUGUCUAUAGAAGGAAGUAGAAUUGGAAGACAGCCAAAUGCAGUCAAAUAUGCGAUCUCAUUAGAAGUUAAAAACCAAUCAGGGACAAGAACAGAAGGGGAUGACAGAGUAGGGUUUUCAUUAGAAGACUUGAGUAGUAAUUCUGUAGUGAAAACUGAAAUAGAUUCUCCUGAAUCUGUUCAGAUCAAGAGACCACAUAAUAAAAGUAAUGAAGAAGAUGGCUCUUCCCCACAGAAGAUAGCCAAGCAGAUGUCUGUGUUUAAACCUGUGUGUAGAGCAGAUUAUGAGGAGACAAUAAAAUGGAUUGAAGAUUGUGAUAAAGAUUUGAAAAGUAUUCAGAUAACUAAGAGGGAUAGUGAGAAGAAUAUUUUAAUUAUAACAGAUGUGGCAGAGAUUUGGGAAGAAAUUGUCAAACCAUUUUACUACCAUUCUUCUGUUAUUAUCAAAUUUGCCAAAAAAUGUCAACCAUUCCGUAAACUUGCACUGGAAGAUCAAGUCCGGAUGCUACAGCAGGCCCUUUAUCCAAUAAGUAUAUUGAACCACUGUAGAUAUUACAUUUUGGAAACAAAACAAUAUUCCUAUUUUGGAUGGUCAGUGGUAGAGAGGGAACAUAUUUGGAAAUAUUUCCCUUUUUAUCGUAUUCUCGGGGAACAUUUUGAAAAUACCGGUGAUAAUGUGAAGUUACUUGGUUUAGAUGAUGAUGAAUUUACAAUUCUUUCAACUCUUGUUUUGCUCAAUCCAGAUGUGCCUGGUCUUAUAGACAAAGAAAAAGUUAGACAGCUUCAAGCAGAACUGUUAGACUUUUUAGAAUAUUAUCUAUCAAUUACCUAUCCUGAUCAGCCCUCUAGAUAUGGUUUGGUGUUAGUGAGACUCAGUGAAUUAAAUUUUUAUGCUUUCCAACAUUUGGAAGGUAUCCGAGAGAUGUUACGGGUUUAUCCUUUCCUUAGUAUGCCACAGUUAUACAGGGAGAUGUUUAUCAAUGUUUAAAUAAAGAUCUUUUCACUGGAAUCAAACACAUAUCAGAAGUUACGGGUUUUCACAGUAACCACAAGAUAUUAUUACCCAUCAUCCUACAGGAAGUUGUGAUUGAUGACAGAUUUACUGAUGUAUUUAUUUGUUAAGACUGAUGUUAUAAUAUUUACUGUUGAACAUUUUUUUAAGAAGUUUUAAAAACUUGAUUUCUUUCUGCUUGACUUAUAAGGUCAAAAACUUCUGUACUUUCUUGGUUGUCAAAAAUAUUAUUUUGGAAAAAGCAGACGUUGAUUUUCUGAAAAUACAAUUUGACAGAUUAAGAUUAUUUGCCUUUAUAAACCAUUUUUGAUGACAGUUUUAUUUAGUUUUUCACAGCAAAUUUGAAGGGGCCUUGUGAGAACACUCUGGUUAGGUCUGCAUAGGUAUAUACACUUUAUAUGUCACAUUACUCUUAUUUAACUGACUUUUAAGUAAUAAACAAAAAAUCAGUUGUGAGAUACAUUGACCUUCCAUAAUGUAAUUAGGUACUGUUGUGCAUCUAGGGCAGUAUAACAGCAUUUAACACAUAAUUGGCUUUACCUUUAUGACUUAGUUCAACUUUGAAGUAAUGACCCACAGUUUUAUAACAUGGUAUAAGGGAGUAAAAUAGCCUUCUAACAUACAAUAAGUCACCUGACAUACUUUUUAUGCCUAAGUUUAGUUUUCAGAAGUGAUCUUUGUAAGGAUGCAUAUAGUGGUGUAUAGUAGAAGUCCACCAAAAAGUAAGUCACUCUGGCAUUGGAAAAGUUAUGAUUAUUAUUAAUAAUUGUGAUGUUUAUACAUUGUCUAUUUGAAAAGACAGGUCUUUCUUACUUUUCACAACUUAUUGAGUUUGAUAACUUUAACCUCCGAAUUUAGUUUUAGGAUACAAAUUGAUCUUUUAUCUAACACUAACCCAUAAAACAGAUGUGGGGUCCGUAGAAGCAUAACUACCUCCAAAUAAAAGUACCGGUAAGCCAUCCUUGCAUACAUUUCAUGCUUCAAUACCUAUGGUUAAAUUUGAUAUUAUUUCUCCAACACUUUAAACUUACAAUGAUGUGUGUAAUGAUAUAUUUGAUUCUGUUGGUUGUUAUUGCCAGCCCAAAUUAAAUCAACAUGUUAUAAUAACCAACAUGUCAGUCCUUUUUACACUGAUUAUAGAUCAAAGAUCAUAUAAGAUUUUGUGUACUUGUGUGAUUAUAGAUACAUAAUAAAUUUUGUCUCAUGUUAGUUUCUGAGCAGUAUUAUGUUAAUUACAUAGUCCACACUGGAAGUUGUCAUGAAAAACAACUUUGAAUUUAGGUUUUUAUCAGUUAAGAUCGAUUUUACUUAUAUCUAGAUUGUUAAGCAGUGCACAAGAUGGUUGCAAGGUAAAAAUUAAGGUUUUGGAAAUUUUGUUGUUAUAAGGUUUUCAAAAUUCAUACUGUACUUGGAAUUCUUUACACAAAAAUGAUUUGCUCCAAAUGGAGUAAUUGGUAAAUAGUGAUUAAUAUAUUUGUUUCUUUAUAGUUGGAUUUGAUCAGUAUUGAAAAAAACAUAACACAAGUGUUAUUAUACUGGAAAUUACAUCCUAAUCUAACAGCAAUGUUAACCUAGGUCUUUUUGAUAGAUAAUUAGUAGUUGUAUAUAACUGCAUUUGCAUACAUAUGUAAAAGUCCAAAGCAGAAUAUCAUGAAAUCAGUUCUUUCAGCUGUUGCAUAUUCUUUUUAGUUUUGUAAAUGCUAAAUAAUUGUGUAACCAUGUUGCCAGUCAUUUUAAAUAUGCUGCUUAUUUGUUUGUUUGUUUGUUGUUUAAUUUGCAUACAUUCACAUGAAUCUGAGAAUUUAUGAUCAUUUUUUAAAAAGUAAAUAAAAAGAAGAUCAUAGUAUUAUAUUCUUUAUACUAAAAAUAAUACCUUUUUGCGAAGUAAAGUAUAUAUCACUUACUCAGGGGAGAUAAGAAACAAAAUGUCCAAUUCAGGGGAGAUAAGGAACUAAAUAGAACUGUCAAACAGUAAACUGCCAGCUUUAAAAAAUAUAGAAUAUGCCAAAACACAUAAUUUUAGCACCUGGUGAUGAUCCAUAGCCUGACAGGUUUAGUCCUUCAUAGUCCUUCCUCAGAGGCAAAAUGGUGGAUUAAUAGUUGCACCCUAUUUAAAUUGAUCCGGUAUCCGGGGGAUCCUACCAGCUUUACUUCAUUUUGUAAGAUAUAUAUAAAAAAAAAAAAACAAGAACGGAUACCCCAUUUUUUUCUAUUUCCUGAUUGAUGAUACUUGAAAAAAAUAAUCCAUUAAUCAGUUUCUGAUUUAUUCAUCAAAGAAAACUUUCUCUUUAAAAAAGAAGUUUGCUCAAGUGGGGUGUCUGUUUUUGUUGGUACCUUUUGCGAUACCACUUUAAAAUUAGACUUAUUUUCAUAGGAUUUUUAUAAGCUGAAAAUUCUUUUCAUUUAGGUUAGUGAGAAAAAUUGGAAUGAAAAUAUUAUAGGGAUAAUUCUAGGUUUAAAUAAGUGUACACAUAUGAUAAUAUGUAUAUUCACUGGUAGAUUUACGCAAUAGAGAGAAGUAUACAUUGUUAAUAUUUCAAAUUAUUGUAAAAGUAUAUGUGAUAAACUUGUUACUAUUUAUUGUUGACAAUUUUAUCCUGGACUCUAUAUAUACAUUGUUUUCUUUUUUGUUACUGUUGAUACCGGUUUAUAAACUGAGUGUGAAAUAUAUUAACAUUUGACAACACAUGAAAGGUUUUGUUAUUUUUUAAAGUUUUAAGCAGAAUUACAUCAUCUUAGAAAAUUAGUGAUGAGUUUAUUCAAUUUGAAAUAAGCCUUUAUUUACAAAGAAUUAUUAUUGAUAUUCUUCAAUUUUAAGUAUUUUGGUAGAAGUAAGUUUAAGCCUUUUUUAUCAGUAGUUAAAUCAAGGAAUUAAGCGUCAUAUAAUGUAGAUGAUGCUACUCUCACAAAUUUGUUUUUUUUUCUCAUCAAAAUGCCUUAAAAAGCAACAUGCAGCAUUGAAUAAGAUUUUGAUUUUCUGGAAAUAUGUAAAAUUAUGAAAAAAGUUUUUUUAGACUCCUUGUUAUUUGAUUUCCAGUAGGAUUUGACAACUUUUAGAUUUUUUUUCCUGUGAGUUAAACAAAUAUAUGGGAAAUUUGCCCUACCCCUUUCAUAAGCUAAAAAUUGUGAACUUUCAAUAGAUGUUCCUAAUUUGACACUAUUAAGGCAUUUUUCUGGAAUAAUUAGUGCCUUAUCAUUACAAUGUUAAAUGUUCAUUCCUCUCCAAAUCUGUGAUCAUUCUUUAAAAAAUUGAAGUAAUAGAAAAAAACAAUGACAUAUUUUAAAUGAUUUUCUAACUUGGUCUCAGAUGGUAUUACUAUAUAUUUCAUCACUCUUAGCUUUAUCCAGAAAUUGUGCAUUCUGUGUUUAUAUUAAAAUGUCAAUGAAAAUCAUAGAAAUACUACAUAUAUUUGUAACUUUUUAAAAUCUUUUCCAUUUUCAAAAAGAUCAUCUUUCUAGUCCAUUCUUUUUAUCAGGAGUUACAUACUAUUUACUUGUAUUUCAAACCCAUUAUAACCUUCUUGUAAUUUUUAUAUUGAUGUUACUAUAAUUUGAUGAUUUAGAGUUUAUAGUAGAAUUUUCUUUAUUUAAUGCUUAGCUUUACCAUAGGAAUGUGCUAUAUCUAAUUAUAUUCUUAACACUUGGACAAUCUUUGUAAAUAAUAACGCUCAAUAAAUUGAGUCAUAUAUAUAAUGUGUAGCUUUGUGUAGUUGUGUGUGUGUUUGCAUGGUUAUCACCUAUAACAUUUCACAAACAUGAUUAUUUUUAUAUAGAUUUAUUUUAUUUCUUGCACCUAACAGUUUUUGGGGUAAAGAUUGCAUUCAAUUCCUUUAUGUGGCUGACUUGAUAGUAAUCAAUUUUCCAGAUUUUAUCACUACUUGUGAGAUAAAAAAACAUAGUGCAUUGAGCACAACAUCCUAUCCAUGAACAUGAUUAGAAAUUUAUCAAUGAAAUAUAUACUCAGAUAUGCAAGUUAUAAAAUGAUGUGUAUGUGUAUAACCAUACUUGUUAAGAAAAUUACAUAAUGUGUGCAUGGCGGAUGAAUCUAGUAUCUGUUCUAAAAGUAUCAAUGAUGUCAUGUUAAAGUACUAUUUAAAAUUGCAGUCACCGUAUCUUCCUUUGUCCAUUAUUGUAGUUGAACCUUCCAAUGCUUAGUUCAAUGUAAUGUUUAAUUUUUAGUGCUUACUGUAAAAUAAAUGCAAUCUUUACCCUCAUUAAAUUUAAUAUAAUUAAAGUAUUUCCUGUGGCUACAGAUAUACAAGUAAUCCAUGGGGACCAAAUAUCAGAACUCAUAGAAUCUUCUAUUUGAUUGGAUUUUAAUGAAUUUUUGUUCUAAUCAUAGUACUAGAUUUAAGUAUAAGACAUAACAAAUAAGUUAGGAACUGGUAAAAUUAUAGUACUAGAUUCAAGUAUAAGACAUAACAAGUAAGUGAGAAACUGGUAAGAAAAGCUUGAUACUGUAAAGUGCUGGGCAAUGAGCAAUCCUUAAAUUUCUUAGUGCUAGAUACAUAGUUGUGGUGCAAAUUUUGGAAAAUCCCUAAAUGUAUAAUAGUAUUAUAUUUAAUUUACAUAUAUAUUUAAAAGGUUAUGAAAAUAGAAUAAAAGUGCAAUUAUUGUUGUUGUAUAUUCCUAUUGAUUGGUAAGAUUGUUAUCAAUAGGUUUAACAUAUUUUUUAAAUGAGCGAUGAAAUUGUAUAAUUCUUUAGAAAGGAUCACCCUUGUAAUUUUAUGUACAUAUACAUAGCUCAUCUGUUUAUAAAAUACAUAAUCAUAUGUUCUGUAAAGGAUGUUCACUACACUUCUUUUUGACUUUUUGUCAGAUAUUCGGAAUUACUAGUUUUAUCUAUGUAGUGCCAAUCAAAAUUUUGCCUGCUUACCCCUAGUUUUUCUUUUCAUAAUUAUAUUACAUAUAGUUAAAAAAGCCAAUUUUGAAAAUCUUAUAAAAUCAUUGUUAUUUUUUCAUAGGAAAAAGGUGCCAAUGUUAAGUUAAUGAAAAGUCUAGAAAGAAUCAUUUUCUGCCAAAUUUUCAUUUUUUUUCUGCUUUUUGUGUUUGAUUAUUUAUAUACUAUCAAUUUAUAACAGUUUUUAAAAAAGCUUGUUAUUUUAAAACAGAGGAGCGAACAUCCUUAAAAUAUCCUUAGAAAUGCAGUACAUUAAAUUUAAUGAACUUACUGUAGACAGACAAGUAUACCCUGGAUAUUUCUUUGUAUGUACUCAAAUUAGGCCAGUGUAACAUAUAUUUAUGAAUAACUGCUCAUAAUGAUUGAUAGUUGAUCAUGUCUUAAUCUGCUUAAUUACGCUUUUUUUAAUCUGACUAGCUUUAAUAGCCGAUCCGUUUUUCACUAAACUGGAAAAUAUAGUCAAAAUAUAUUCUUGGCCUUGUAACAGAAUGGGUGUGUUUUGGUCUAUUUGUUUCCGAUGAAAUUUGCUUAGGUGAAACAUCUUGACUGAAGUGACUUUAGCUUUAAUGUAUUUGAGUUGUAUCUGGGUCAUUAGGGUUGAACAACUGGACUUCUUAAAUAGCUAAUGACAAAAGUCAGUUUCAUUAAAUCCUUGCAAGAAAAUUUGGGAAUGCUUUUCAUGCUAUUACAUUGAAUUUUGAACAUGAGAAUUUUGAUCUUAAGAAUUGUUUGUUGUUCCUGUACUAGUAAUUUCACAUUUAUCAAAACAGAUAUUCCAGUAUAUGAUUGUUUUGUUGGUGAUGACAAUAUGUUUAGAGUUUGUUCAUAUUCCUCAACAUUAGAAGCCAUAACACAUUUAGUUUUGUAAUAUCAGUGAGUAUUUAGAUAAGAGCACAAAGUCUAAAAUUUUGAUAAAUCCUCAUACAUAUAUCUAUCCAUAGUAUGCCAUUUUGUAGGACUUCAAACACAUACCCUAUAAGGGAAGGCACAUCUUAACAGCAGGUUCAAUGUGACGUCAUGUUAAUGCAUUCUUUCAAUAAAAUGUAUUUGAGAAAAGUGGCAAUUCUUCAGAAAAGAGUAGAUUAUAAUAGUUUUCAAGUUAGUUAGGUCUAAUGGAGUACAACAUAAUGUUAACAGAACUUAAUGCACAUUAAUUUUUAAAAUUAUUCUAUUUUCUGGACAUGAAUCAAGAAAAUAAAUGUAAAGUUAGUAUAGAAGCAACAGUGAUUUUAUUUAUCUGUAUUUACCUAGAACUUAAUAAAAAAAAUAAUGUCACAGAUAAUUAAAAGCUUUUAAUAUAUGUUUUAUUUAUUAUUUAAUGUUUAUUGCUUUUCUUUCAUUUAUACAUGUUUAACAUUUACUUGAAAAUGCUUUUUACAAUCAGCUCAAAAUUUGUGUUCCUGUGUGAAAAUUCAGUAGACACAUUGAAUGUGCAAAUUAUUUUUCAGUUAUUAAACAAAGAAAAUAAAAGAUGUUUAGAAACUAAAAGUCCUGUUUCAUAAACCCUUAAAACUGAUUUUUUUUUUUAUAUAAAUCAUGUUCAAUCAUUCAGUUGAUUAAUUGAUAAUAUUGAAUCUUUCUGAUUUAAUAUAUAUGUUCUGAUAUAUAAGAAAUAAAAAAAAAGACAAUUCUUUCUAAUCCAUUGAUCCAUUUUAUUAGUAUGGAUGUAUGUUUUAUAGAAUGAUAGUGCUGAUGUAGAAUCUAUUAUGACUGACAGUAAUACAUUAUGUGUUACUUAAUCCUUCUAUCAGCAUUGUUAAAUAUACUUGUUGUUAUAUUAAAUGACUUCUCAAUACA